UCGCUGCUCUAUCUAUAGCAUCGCCAUCGUUGUGACCGUUUGUGUGCUGUUUGUGAGAAGUUUCAUGCAAAAACUGUUAGUUUACUGAGUUAUUAGUUUAUUGUAAGAGCAUUGUGCAAAUCCGUAAAACCGACAUGCACACCAUGGAACCAAUCAAUAUCGAAAUAGCAUGCUCCCGGGGUUUCAACAAAAAGUCUCCCAAUGCCGAGUUGAUCAAAGCGAUACACCAGUAUCUAACGGAGCACAAAUCCCUUCCGAAGGAUUACGUCUUCAAGGUGGCCUACCCCAAUGUCGAAAGCGUCACGAUCUGUAACGGCCUGGAGGAGCAAAACCCCCGAACCGAUCUGCGAAUGUUCACCUAUCUGCUGAAUGACGAGGCCAGUGAGGAGGAAACCAUUCAGCAAGAUGGGGACGAGAUUCAGAUUGCCAACCAUUGGCUGCUGCCGACGAGGGAUUUCCACGGAAUGUGGGAGAGUUUGAUCUACGAGGAGGACAUGAAGCACGAGCUGCUCAGCUUCGUGCAGACUACGAUGCUGUUCUCGCAGAAGAAGGUCAACCCGAACUUGAUCGCUUGUAACAGGUUAGUGGGGGUGACUGUGGGAAACAUAAUAUGAGAUCUAGGAUCUAGUUUACUCAUCCCCAUUCAAUAACUACCACAGCACUAACACCACUGGGCCUG